GAUGACAGAAACGAUGAAAUUCAAAUACCAAUUGACGAAAAAUCUAUUAAACGUGCCGAACUUGUACAAAGUGGCGCGCAUACAUCAACGUCUAAAAAAUAUCCUGUACAUGUAAAAUUUUAUGGUGUUAGUUAUUCAAUACCAGUUCCUCAAAAAAAUCCAUUUAUUAAACGAAUGGACGAGGAAACUGGAAAGAGCUUACAAAAGUUGAUUAUUCAAAAUGUUCACGGAUAUGCCAAUCCUGGUGAAAUAUUGGCAAUAAUGGGUCCAUCGGGAUGCGGAAAAACCACACUUUUGAACCUACUCGCAAAUCGGGUAGGCUCUAAAGGCGUGGAAGGAACAAUUAAAAUGAAUGAACAUAAGCCAACUAAAGACUCAAGGC